AUGAAUAAUGAUGACUAUGGAAGAGAUUCAAACACACCACCCACCCUAAACAAAUCCAGUUCAGAACUAGACUAUGAGGAUGAAGAUGAUGAACGACAGGAGAAAUAUCCAGAUACCUGCAGCCUCUUCUCCGAUGACUCCAUCUUCCCAGAUUAUGAAGAUGCUCUAUCUGACAGUGAGGACCACCGAGAGGUCACAUUGUACUGGUGCUGUGUCAAGAACAAUGCAAAGCGAUUGCAGGAUAAACUUGACAUGGGGGUGACCAGGGAAGAAGCCAUGGAGUUGGACAUCAACGGACAGAAUGGCCUCUUGGUAGCAUGUUUCCGGGGUUUCAAAGAUAUUGUCAUUCUUCUCAGUAAAUGCUCCUACAUAGAUGUCAACCACCAGGAUAACGAUGGAAACACAGCACUUAUGGUGGCAGCCCAAGCAGGACACCUAACUAUUUUGAACUAUCUUCUGAAUUAUUACCCAGGAGUAGACAUUGAGAUGCAGGAUGACAGAGGCCUGACUGCACUUAUGAAGGCUGCAAUAAGAGGGAAGAAUGACUGUAUUGCAGCCUUGAUCAUGGCAGGAGCUGAUAUUGCCGCUGUGGAUCCCGUGAAAGGAAAGACCGCACAGGAAUGGGCAGCCAUAACUGGAUGUUUUGAAACUAUCAUGCGGAUCAGAAUCCUUUUGCAACGCCCCUGUGCCCAGCAAUUCUCUAACAAGUACUUGCCAGAGUGGCCCCAUCUGCCUGAACUGGUGGCCCAAGCGACGGCUACAAAAUCAAGAGCCAAGCGUCUGUGUGAUCUCAUUUGCUCCAUGUUUACCAUCCAGUUCCCACAAGAUGCUGAGAUGGAUGGGGUGAUGGAUCACAUGGUGCGCAUGACCACGUCCUUGGCCAGCCCAUUUGUGACCACUGCUUGUCGAACUCUCUGUCCUGACAGCCCCCCAGAAGUGGGCAAGCAGAGACGCUCAGUGCCAGAAAUUCUCAACCGAUAUGUACCUGAUCCUGAUGCCAAAUCAGUAAAUAGCAGAUCAUGCAGCAGUGGCCAGUUCAGGACCCAAACCCUGAUACCCUAUCAAUCCCCUAGUCCCAUUGUGAAGUUUCUAUCCCUUCCUAAGCGAUUCAACAGCACGACUCCAAAACUAACGCUCACCAAGUCUUCUUCCCAGUCGGCUCCUGAGGAGAACCAACCACCCAAGAUUAAAAACAAGAAUGCCCUGCAGGUGCCGAAGUGGCGAUACAAGCAGCUUAAAGAAGAGAAGAAAAGCGAGGAAGCAGCGGGGCUCAAGAAGAAGCCAGACAAGGCUAAGAGAAAAGAUGAAUAG